AUGGUUACACCGGAGUCUCAAACUGUUACUCAACUUGAAGCAAGGAUGGAUACGCAUGAUAAAAAACUUGAAUCGUUAUCAGAUCAGUUAAGGGAUCUUACCUCUUCAGGGACAAGCGGACAUAAGGAUCGAACUGGCUUAGGUUACUCCGACCGACCACCUGUGAGACCACCUGUGAAAGCAAUUGAUCUCGCCCGACAUGUUGCCACCGCCAUCACCGCUCCGGGAGAACGUACAAGCGUGAAUGGUAAGGUAUCGAACUAUACUUAUGGCUCCAAUUUCAAUUCGCACUAUGGCCCUCAUGAUUUGACCGAACAGUCAAUUGGGCCUAAUUCACAGACCACUGAAGCACUCCUGCCCAAUACUGCGUAUCUUCAAUUACCACUAAAACCCUACAAAUCGCCAAAAUUGAUUGUCAUCCCUAUUUGUAAUGUCAUUACUACGAGCCUGUUUAAACAAGAAGGGGAAGACGAGGAUUCAAAUUUGAAAUGUAAUUAUUCAACUUUCUUGAAAUCUAUGACUUCGAAUUCUGAGUGGGAAACCAAAACACAGCACCAUGAUCUUCACGAUGAGGACUCUUGUCUCAUCGUGAAUUUAAAAGACGAAUUACUUGUACCUGAAAUCUCCCUGCGGUCUAUUGAUCGCUUAAUCCAAUUUUAUAAACCCACGUGUAAGAUAAAAGCAUCAGAUAUAUACCAAGAAUUGGCUACCAGUAGUAUUGAAAACUCUGGUUUGAACAACAAAAUUCAUGGAAUUCUCUUUGAAAAUCGAUGCAAAUCCCUCAAAAUGGUUGAGACACUAUUAUAUUUGGAUUGUUUGAAGAAAUGGGCAUGUGUUACUGGUUAUUCAAAUCUUGUUUUCAUGAAGGAUGAUACAACCAAAGCUUAUGGAGACCUUGAAGCCAACAGUUGGACCCAUCAGAAGAUCUUAUUGUUGCGAGAAGCUAUGAAAUUCUUCCAUAAAGAUAAGAUAGAGAUUGCUAAACGGAAAUUAAACACCAGAUUGAAGGGGGACAAGGUCAUCCCUACAGUCAUACUAAAAUAUGGAAUUGGAGAGAAGGGAAAAACCGCAUCUAUUAAUGAAGGUUCCAUCCCUGCAAAUGCUACACUACAAAUAAUAUCAUGGAGGGUCCCUACAGAUAUUACAGAUGACAAGAAAGUCCUCCAGAAAAGCUUGGAAGAAGGGGCGGGAUUCCAGCUCCCAAAUGAAGGGGUUGUUUUUCAAUUUAAGUUGGUAGAUAAAGAGCAGGAAGUUGAUAGGCUUGAAGAAUUUGUGAUGAUGAUGAAGAAAGGUGAAGUAGCUCUUCUGAGUAUUGCACAAGAAUAUGCUUUUGGUUUUAUCGGUUUCAAGCAAGAAUUAGCAGUAUUGCCGCCUAAUGCCACUGGUACAUAUGAAAUCGAGCUUGUCUCUUUUCUUAAGGACAAAGAAUCCUGGGACAUGAACACCACCAAAGAGAAGAUUAUAAUUUUUGGCAAAUAUAAGAAAGAAGUGGAAGAAUAUCGAGCUAUGCUCAAGCUUUUCAUCUAUUAUACCUUAAAGGUUGCUAUAAAGUGCAGAAAGCUGUCAUCUUUUGGCCGGCCAUCAAUGACAGAAGUUGUGUUGAUUGAAUCCAAUGAAAGAGAGGAAACUAGUUGUGUUGACAGCAAGGUAAAACAAAGGAAGCAAUGGCUGAUUCCAUGGCAACAAUGUCCAAUCAAAGAAGCAAAAAUGCCUUUCAAACAAAAAGUCAAUUUCCUAACUCCUGGCUUGAGGACAAGCCUCUUCUUCAAGACGGUGGAUGGUGACCCCCGCUUAUCUAGUUUUGGUUUAAUGAAGAACAGUCGAGAUGGGAAGAGCUAUAGCACUAAUCUGGCUUACACUCCUCCCGAGUUUUUGCGCACAGGCAGGGUAAUUCCAGAGAGUGUGAUUUACAGUUACGGAACAGUCCUCCUGGACCUAUUGAGCGGGAAACACAUUCCUCCAAGCCAUGCAUUGGAUUUAAUACGUGGGAAAAACGUUUUAUUGCUGAUGGAUUCAUCUUUGGAGGGACAAUAUGCGGAUGAAGAUGCAACCGUGAUGGUGGAACUUGCUUCAAAGUGUCUUCAAUACGAGGGUAGAGAUCGUCCUGAUGUCAAAUUCCUUCUUACAGCUGUCGCACCCCUUCAAAAGCAGAAAGAGGUUGCAUCACAUGUCUUAAUGGGUCUGACAAAAACACCUGUAAUUGUUCCAACUUUACUUUCUCCUCUCGGGAAGGCAUGUGCACGUAUGGAUCUUACUGCAGUACACGACAUUCUCUUAAAAACCGGAUAUAGAGACGAAGAGGGCGCAGAAAACGAGCUAUCAUUUCAAGAAUGGACACAACAAGUGCAAGACAUGCUAAACACAAAAAAGUUUGGAGAUAUCGCGUUUAGGGACAAAGACUUCAACGGUGCAGUUGAAUACUAUUCAAAGUUGGUUACGAUGAUGUCGGUGCCUUCGGGGACAAUAUUUGUGAGGCGGGCCCUGUCUUAUUUGAUGAUUGGACAACCGGAAUUGGCAUUGAGGGAUGCAAUGCAAGCUCAGGUAUGUUUGCCGGAAUGGCCAACUGCCUUUUACAUGCAGGCAUUGGCUCUCUCGAAGCUCGGAAUGGAAACAGAUGCUCAAGAUAUGCUGAAUGACGGCUCGUCCUUUGAGGCAAAGAGACAAAACAGCUGGCGGAAUUAAGAUUCCAAAGUUUCAGAUUCUCCAAAUGCUGUGAUGGCCAAGGGUCGUGUGAUGAGGUAUCAGGUAAUGUUUAUUUGAAAUUACUACCCACUUGUAUGUCUGUCAUAGACUACAGUUUUUUUAUUUUAUUUUAUUAUUAUUAUUUUAGUUUGUAUAAAUCACUUUUAAAAUGCCUAAAAAUUAGUAUUUGAGUUAUUGUUAUUUACAUGCCAUUUGCUAUAGCCUUAUCUUGGAAGUUCUUAAAAGGGUGU